AUGAGUCUCCUCGACCAGCGGCGCCGAUCGACUACGGGGAAAUCGCCUUCUACUUCACCUGCGUCUUCGCCUUUCUUUCAGCGUACUCGCGGCGUGUCUCCAACGCGACGGACAUCCUCUCGAAGGCUCUCUGCGCGAACUCCGGAUACUGCGCCCCCUCUCCGUCAUUCUUCGUCUCGAAAGAUCUCUCGCAACAAUCCGCCCCACGUCAAUAACGAUAUCGCAAAAUCACACAUCGCCAUCAUGAACUCACGACCUCACACUCCAGUUCACCAGGACUUUGCAACCAGCACCGAUUCCGCCACGACCCUGGUCAACCCGACUUCGACAAUACUCCAAGGAUUGAUCAAAGAACAGCGUGCAGCUCGCGGGUCACGAAAGACGCCUCAAUUGUCAGAAGAUGCUGAUCAUAGACCCCCAACCGCGGGAUCGAACUCCCAGUCGCACGAGAGUCCGUCAGAGAAACAGCGACGAAUCAAUAGCUUCGCAUCCUCUGGUCUCAAACAGCCGCGGGAUAUGGGUAUCCGCGAAAUGGAUCAGUAUGUGUCGAAAAUGAACAAACUGAACUUCGACUUGAAACUUGAAAUAUUCCAUCGCACGCAACAGAUCGCCUCGUUGGAGAAGAAGAUGGAGCGUAUGUAUGAAAUGGAAGAGGAACUGAAACGGAUGCAUGGUUUAGAGAACGAACUGAACGAACUGCGAGAAGUUGAAGAGAUCAACCAGCGACUGCGAGAAGACAAUGAAAAACUACAGUCUGAUCUCGACGAGAGAGACCAUGCGCUGUCUGAGGCGGCACGCAUGAUUGCCGUAUACGAGGAAAAGGUUAAGGAGCUUGAAGCCGGCCGUCUGCUCGGAGACGGCUUCGCAGAUGACGUUUCCGAGGCGCACACUCCAACAGCGCAAUCCUUUGUCGACAUACCAGAUCGCACAUCCUCAAGGAGGGGAACAGUCCGUCGGCCACACAAAUCAUCUUCUUUCUUGCGUGAAGAGAACAGGAGCACUGCUACUCUACGAGGCCUAUUCAUAGCGGAGGAAAACAAAUCGGUCCGUUCAGUCAGUGAAUCAACCUUGGGAACUACUGUUGAUUCGAUGGCGGAUCCCCCAUCACCGAGAUUGAGUAUUCUAAGUGAAUGCAGCUACUUCUCUCCGCAAGAUAUGCUGCCGCAAGGUACUGGAUUUGAUCAACUAGAUCGCUUGGAUCAGCUUACCAUCGUCGGGAAUGACAAGACACCCGUGGUUACAGCUCCCAAGACAGAAUCUUCCAAGGACCAUCUCUCUGAUCGAAUUAGCGAUUGGAUGCAAUUCGACGAGCUUGCUUCGCGAAGAAAAUCCAACGACGGCAAUAGGCACCGAGCCCGUGCUUUUUCGGACAUAUCGAGAAGCUCACACGUUCAAAUUACACAUCUAGAUGAACCGUUUCAACCGAUGCGCAAGACCAGACACAGCCAAUAUCCGAGCCCACGCCAGGAACACUUGGCUACUUUUGGAGGCAACUUACCGCCAACUCCGGAUACGAUGAGCACCUUCCGCCCUGCGUUCAGAAACGGAUCUAAUACCAGUCUCCCCAAGGGCAGGCUUGUCGGAGGAGAUGCGACCUUUCCACCAUUGAGCCGACCACGUUCAGUCGGCGAGCUUACCACAAGGAGUGCUAGCAGGAGCGUUCAGUCUGACGGCAUUGACACUACAGCCAGCAUUGAUACACAGCGCAAUGUGCAGAAUAGUCCUACCAAUCUGCUCUCUUUCAGUCACUACGGCCGGGGGUCAGCGAAAGCGAACCGUGUGCUAGGACCUGGUAGCCCAAGUGACCCGAGACUGAGCUGCUAUGGCGGGGAUCUCCUUUUCAACGGAGACGGCGUUGAAAGUCUCAUCUCUGACAUGCCGGUCGCCCGGACUUUAUCCUUCAAGUCUAAGAUUCCCGUCAAAUCCUCAAACGAGCUCCUAUCUUCACUCGCGUUAACUCCGCAGGAUUGGCUGGAGGCAGCAAAGGCGGAAGAUGAAACGAACGAGGCCGAGAAAUCCAAUGCAAAGCCGGAGGCUGAAGAGAAGCCGUCGAUACUUGUAGUAGAAAAUGAUGAAACCCCUCCUACGAAUACCGAAGAAAGCUCAAUUCAGUUGAGAAAUCCACCGCUCCGCCUUCGUGCCUGGGCUAACGAGUCAUCACCUGUCACCGAAGCACACCAACAUCGUCGACGUUUGUCGCUUCGCCCUCCAUUCUUCAGUCGAAAUCGCCAGCAACAAGAAACGGGACCGGUUGCUGCUUCCUCCAAAGGACCUUCUCCUUUGCCGGAUAAGUUGCUGGUGCUGAAGCACCGACGAACUAGCUCAGGACCCGGUCUCAAUUCCAACGAAGGCACCUCUCGAGCAUCUAGCCGUCCACUACCAAAGCCCUUUUCUGACGUCCGUCCUUCGACGGCUUCUCGGCCGAUGACCUCUGACAGCGCAGAACCUCGCAGUAAAGGAUCCUUUUUGUUGGGUUGGAUGAAGGGGGGUUCACACAACAAAGAAUCUGAGUCUACAAAUCGUCUAGGAUUGGCUCGUCCUACUACCGAGCGACCCAGAUCAUUCGCCAGCAUCGAUAUUACUUAUUUGAACCUUGGUCAAAACGGAGAAUCAGCGGCACUUGAGGAGGAACCCGUCUGGCGAGCUCGGAGACGUUCUCGAAGGAUGGUGUAACUGCUGUUCGCAGACAUUCUUCCAACAACAAGAUACCCUUUCUGUACAAUACACCUAUCUUUCCAUCCCCAUCAUACACUACCCAUUACGGACUGCCAAGGGUAUUCCCAAACUACUUUUGGAACCACACAUGCACAUAUUACCCGCUAUUGUACCAAUACUUGAUCCGUUUUCAUACACAUUGUCACCACGCCACUAUUGCUAACCAGCAUCACAUUGGUCGAAAUUACCAAGUCUCACUGUCUUUCAUCUAUCUCAUUACUACUAGUACCACAUCUGGACCAACCGUCUCGCUUUCAUUCUGUCUCAUACAAGUCUGUCCACUUUGUGGCCACACCAACUCUCUCUUGUUUUGUUAUUUCUCUCUUUUCUUUCUCUGUGGCUUAUCAGUGUUCUACUACUUCACUUGUCCCUAUUGCUAUGGGUUAUGACUAUAUUACGGGUUUCAUGUACAUUUUUCAGGACAGCCAGCAGUGUUAUGUAUGAUAUUAAUACGAGAAUUGCUUCAUGAAAGGAUAUCAAGC